AUUGAUUUCGCAUUUGUUGAUGCUGAUACUAUAGAAGAAGGAACCCUUACUGCAGUGAUCGGGCGUCAGAGAUUGCAGGGUGUGGAAUCUUUGGUUCAAGAAAAGACUAUUCUAAAAGCAGCAGGGAAGCUUGUAUUCAUUGUCAUGGGAAAGAAGUACAAAUGUGGUCUAGAUGGCUCAAUUCCUGUUAUAAUUAAAUCCUUCAACUGGAUGGCAACUGCUGAGGAAAUUGAUGACCUUUUUCUCGGUGAUGCUGAGGUGUGGAGGAGACCAUCUAUAGGGCAUGCGGGUCCCCUUGGGGGUGACUUCCCUUUAGUUACUAAAGAAGGGCAUAAUGUCAUUGAUGUCAUAUUUACAUCUCCUAUACCAAGUCUAGCUGAAGUAGCUGAUAGUCUAGAUCAAAUUGAGGGGGUUGUAGCUCAUGGUGUCAUCUCCAGGAUUCCGUAA